AUGGAGCACGGCGGGGCGGGUUGGUUGCGGUCCGUGUGGAAGGCGCAGAGGCGACUGUGGGCCUCUGUGGUCAAGCGAUUGAAUGGGCUGCCCAUUAUAAUCUUCUACCGCUACCUCUACGAGAACAACAAGCCCCUUCUGGCGCAGGGUCUCACCGUGAAUUACCUGCUGCCGAUGGUGCUCGAAAUCUUGCCCUUCUGGUGGCUCUCCAGUCGCAAGCUCGGCAAUCGCCUUCGCAAGACCCGCAUCAAGCUCAACCACAACAUGGCGACAGGGAAGUCGUUCUUGGGGUCGCUGGUGAUGGAGUUCUUCCUGCUCACCAUCUUUCACGCCAUACUUGACACAGUCAAGCGCCACCUCCAGAACCGAACGGCGAUCGAGAAUCGUCUGCUCAUUCGUCGGUUGGUGUUCGAGCGGCUGCUCUACAGCGAGAUGGGCGAGUUCGAGAAGCUCCGCACGCUCGACAUCGAAUAUCGCAUCUCUGCCGACAUCAGCCAGGCACCCCGCCCCCCUACUCUUAUUACCCCCGCCCCCGCGCGUCGACUGACGUUCAAUUGGUGUACGCUGAGCUUCUUCUCGUUCACGCUGCCGCAAAUCGUGGGGUCGGUCUAUGCGCUCAUGCGGGAGGGCUUCGAGCUCUACAAGCACCGCCAGCACGUCGACCCCCUCGCCCUCGCCCACCCCGUCCUCAUCGGCGUGGUGCGCAAGGUGAUGGGCUACUUCAAGUACCACUUCAUCGAGAAGCGGCAGCGGGACGUCAUCCAAAAGACCCGCAACAAGAUGUCCCGCCUCGUGUCCAACGCCCUCGACGGCCUCGCCGACAUUCAGGUCAACAACCUGCAGAAGCACCAGCUGCACCUGCUGGACCAGAUGAUCCGCACGGAGCUGGCCAACUCGCUGGGCUUCAAGACCCUCGUGGCGCGCACCUGGAACCUCUUCUCCAACCGCAACGCCCUCGAGUUCGUCGCCGAGGUCUACGUCGUGCACCAAGUGAUGCAACGGCAGCAGAUCAGCCACGAGGUGUACGGCAAGAUUCAGCACGACAUCCACCGCGUCUUCCAAUUGCUGAAGCGUGUGUACGGGUUGUUCCGGAUCACGCGCAACAUGCUCGAGUUCCAGAAGGAGGUCAUCGAGCUCGUCAACAUCCCCAAUUUCCUCGAAGAGCACAAAAAGUUCAACGUGUACUCGGAGGUGACGGAGUUCAAGGAGCUGCGGGUGGAGAACAUCCACUUUUCGUACAAGGCCGACCUGUCGCCGGCCCUGUGCUUCCACGGGGAGCUGGUGUUCGAGCCCGGCAAGCAGUACGCCAUCGUCGGCCAGAACCGCUCCGGCAAGUCCACCCUCUGCAAGCUCAUCUGCAAGCUCUACCAGCCCGACUCUGGGUCGUUGACGUUGAACGGGGUUCCGUAUUCGCGGAUCUCGCGGAUCUCGCUGCGGGACUACAUCUCGUACCUCUCGCAGAAGCCCUUCCUCUUCCCCGGCACCAUCCGCGACAACAUCCGCAUCGGCAACCCCAACGCCACCGAAGAACAGAUCUACGAGGCAGCAGAGAUGGCGGGCGUGUUCGCCUACGGCGCGGCGCCGUCGAACGAGGGCGUCACGGCGGCCGGGCUCCGACGUACGGUGUCCAUGAACGACAUCGCCCGCCGCCAGCGCGAAUCGCGCGCCUCGUCCGUCGAGGCCAUGGCCGCCAGUGAGGCCACCGCCGCCACGCCCCUCUCCAACUCGGGCUCGGCCGCCAUCCCCUCCGCCUCGACUGCCGCCAUGGACAGCCCGGCGACGACGCCGGCGGCGGCGGCGGCGUCGACCAGCCGAGACUCCCUGUCGCCCCCGGCCGCGGGCGCCGGCGCUGCAUCGGUGGCUCCGCGCCGCCCGCGCACGGGGACGGGCACGGUGCUGCUGGGCCGCGCGGCCACCAUCGCCCAACUGCCCAUCCCGAUCAACCUCGCCGAUGAAAAGGAGUUGGAGAGCGAGGGAUCGUCGUCGUCCACGGAGAGCCUGCUGCAUCGGGCGGUGAACUUUGUGUGGGAGGCGGAGACGGACUACCACAGCAGCGCGGCGAAGAAGAAGCAGAAGAAGCAGAAGAAGAAGAGCGUCACCAUCCGCGAGGACCCGUUCGGCCCCGGCGGCUGGGCCGAGGGACGCGCUGGCGGCAAGUCAGUGAGCGAGGCCGCCAUUCUCGACAUGAAGGUCACCGCCCGCGGCAACAACAUCAGCGGCGGCUUCGCACAGAGCAUUGCGUUGGCGCGCGUGUUCGUGAAGACGCAGGCCAAGAUCAUCAUCCUGGACGAGGCGCUCGGGCAGAUGGACGCCUACAAGAAGCGGGGCAUGGUGGUGCCCGCCCUCACCCGCUUCGUCAAGAAGUGGAACAUGACCCUCAUCAUCAUCUCCCACGACAUGGUCUCCAUCGAAGGAGUGCACAAGAUCUAUGUGCUGCAUAUGGGGGAGCUGGUGCAUCAGGGCUCGCACCAGGAGCUGCUCGAGCAGAAGGCGCCGCUCUACCUGCAGCUGCUGGGCAUCGACGACCCCGACGCGCCCGUCUCGCCGGUCCCCUCGCCCGCCCACUCCCUCUCGCCCUCCCCCUCCUACAACUCGCUGGCCUCCCUCCCCCGCUCCUACUCCUCCGCCGCCGCCGCCUCGGCCUCCUCGUCGUCGCCGUCUUCUCUGACCAACUUUCCCUCUCUCGCCCUCUCCCCUCGCGGCCCGCCACCGCCCGGCCAGUAA